CUUCCUGAUAGGCUGCAGACAUCCACACCCGCAGGCGGCAGGCCACACAGGGCACUGCGAUAUUCCCCGGCCGGAGGCGUGCGCCACCGCCGGCCCGCCGCCAUGCUGAUCCCCGCGCCGUCGGCAGCGCCGGCGCUCUCCUCCCUCCACUCCCUAUCGUCCCACUACUUCCUCCUCCCCGCCCACUUCCUCCCCCCCGGCGGCGUCCGCCCCCCGCUCCGCCGCGGCGACCUCGCCAUCCGCAACGGCGGCGGGCCGCGCACCUUCCCCGGCGGCGUGUCCAAGUGGCAGUGGAAGCGCAUGCAGGCCAAGAAGGCCCGGCAGCUCCUCAAGGCGCGCCUCGCCCGCGAGCGCCAGCUCUACGAGAUGCGGAAGCGCACCGAGCUCCGCGACGCCGUCGCGCACCUCGAGCGGCCCUGGGACCCCGACUCCGCCGCCGACGCGUCCGCCGUCGCGCCCAACCUGCUAUCCGUCGCGGCCGACGACCAGCUCAGGGCGCUCGCCGACCGCUUCCACCGCCCCGGCGGCGUCGACCUCUGGAACGACCGCGACGGGCCCCGGGUCUUCGCGUCCCCGGCCACCGGCGCGGCCUCCGCCAGGUUCUUCCCCAAGAACGCCGUCCACAGCGUGCAGCCCUACGCGCUCGUCAGCGAUGCCGGAGAGGCGAGCGCUACUCGUGCUCGCGGGAGCGCAGCAGACCUGCUGCUGCUUGGGCGUGGAGACGGAGGCGCGCAAGGUGUUCGUGAGAAUGCUACUGAGACUGAGGACGAAGCAUACAGUACUGGUGACGAUGAGCCAGCGGUUGAACUCAUGGAAAGGGAUGGGACCUGGGAGCCGGCGAAUGCCUUGGAUGACGGCGAUGGCAGCAUUCCUGGCUAUUGGAGUUCGGAUGACGACAGUGAUGUUGUUCCCUCGGAAUCGGAGGACAUGGGAGAUGUCCGUCCCAGGCGCGUGCCGCGGGAAACGAUGCUCAGGCGAAAUGGAAGGAACAAUGGCGUGGCAAGAUGGGAAGCGGCAGGCACCAUAGCUGCUGGCAGCAAUGAUGACAGGGGUUGGAGUGGUGGUGCUUUCUUCUCGGACUCGGAACGAGCAAGGGAAAGCCAUAGUGAGCAACGAUGGCAAGAAACAAGUAGUAGUGCAAGCACAAGGAAGCGUGCCAGUGGAAGAGGGAAUGCCACAAACACAUCAGCGAGAAAUCGUGUCGGUCAGAGGGGUCGUGCCGGUGCUGGUUCCUUCUCUGACUCCGAGGCCAUGCAUGGUGGUUCUGAGCCAAAAUGGAGAUCAAGGACCAAAGAUGGCAAUAGGAAUGGCGCCGGGAGGUGGAAUGCUCCUAGACAGGAUUGGAGCGGGUACUCAAAUUCAGACAGUGAAAGAGGCAGUGAAAUGGAACCAAGAUGGGGAGCCAAAAGUAAUUUGAAUGGAAGAGAGAACUUUAGAGGAAGAUCGAAGCCGAAAUACAGUGCUAAUACCAGUGACGGGGAUGCACCGGGGAGACGCAGGAGGGCCAACAACGGCGAUGAGCACCAGAGCAGCAGCAAUGGCAACAGAAGAUUUCGGUUCGGUGGUAGUUUUGCCGAGGGCUUGGAGGCGCCAACAUGGAAGCCAAGGAGAAUGAACCGAGCUCGGAACAACAAUGGCGAUGACAGAGACGCCAACUUGAGUGGGAGAUUCAGGAGAGGUGAUGCGAGACAGUUGCAAGAGAGUCCUCGGAACACCAACAGGGAAGAUGGACGAAGGAUGAACAGGAACGGAGGACAACGGUUCAGAGAAGGCGACUACUCGCUACGGCCGACAUCGGAAUUGCACACUUCUUGGAGGGAGAUGGGAUCGGAUGAAUAGUAGUUAACAGCGAUAGAUUGAUACUAUUUGUGUGCGCUAACUUUUGUAUGACCAAACCUCUGUCGAUAUGUACUACUGAUAUUCAUCGUGUGCUUUUAGCUCA